AUGCUGAACGCAACCCCCGAGGCCUCGGAGGCCUUCAAGGAGACGCUCAUGCAGCGGCCCCUGCUGCAUCUGCGGACGCAGCUGUGGGAGCAGAGGCCGGACCUGGAGGAAGAUGCCAGCCUGGACCGGUACACGCGGGCCAUCGAGGAGUGCGGGCUGGUGGGCGAACUUCCGGCGACGGAAACGGGAAAGUGCGCACGCACGGCGGCCGCUUUGCGCGCCCAAGGCAACCGGAAGUACGUGGCGCGGGACUACCGGAGCGCGCUGCUCAAGUACAACGAGAGUAUCUGCCACGCUGGGACGGAGUCGGCGGAGUUGGGACUCGGUUACGCUAAUCGCUCAGCCGUCUACUUUGCGAUGAAUGAGUUCGAGCUUGCCCUUGCGAACGUCGCCCUGGCCAAGGAGCACCACUAUCCGGAACCGUUGAUGCCGAAGCUGGUCGAUCGUGAGCAAAACUGCCAGGCAAAGCUUGCUGAAGAUCAAUCCAAGGGAACGAUCCCGAAGAAACGGUUCGAGCUGAACGUACCGGUCAACCCGAAGAUUCCCUUCCUGGCCGACGGAAUCGGCAUGGUUCGGCUAGAGGAUUUCGGCAGAAGUAUGGUCGCGACGAAGAGCUUCGCAGUAGGGGACGUAAUUCUGCACGAGAAAAGCAUCCUGGCCUCGAUCGAUCUGAUGAAGCAGUUCCAGUGCUGUAAUCUGUGCUCGGCGGUAGAAUCGCUCAACCUGAUUCCGUGCCCGAACUGCGUCACGGUCAUGUACUGCAGCCGCGAGUGUCUCGAGCGUGACUUCCGGCUGGUGCAUCGCUUCGAGUGUCCCAUCGCCGAGAAGGUGCAGCAUCUUUGCUACGGGUUCGUCAACCUGGGAACGAAGCUGUUCUUUUACGGGUUGAGCCUGUUCAAUGACGACCUGGACGAGAUGAUGCGCUACUGCGAUCGUGUGAAGGACGGAGGAAAUCCGCUCAAGUUGGACUACACCCGGUACGACCCGUUGGAGGAGUGGAAGGAGCUGUACAAUCUGAGCGCCGUCACGAACCCAGACAGGGAAGGCAACUAUCGCUUCUUCGUUGCCAUGAGGUGUCUGAUGUUCCUGGGGUGUCCGCUGGUCAAGUCGAUCGUGGUAACCGAGCAGCACAAGGCCUUCAUGCGUCAGUGUGUCCUUGAUUGCACCCGCGCCGGCAGUUACUACCGUUUCGAUGUGACCUCGCCCCUGUUUCCGGUGCAAUCCCUGUUCAACCACUCCUGCGAUCCGAACGUGCAGAUUUCGAUCCUCUCCGGCCACGUAAAGCUGGUCGUCAUCCGGCCCGUUCGUCCGGGUGAGCAGAUUUGCUUCUCGUACGGGUUCAUCUGGUGGGAUCCGCAGAGCAACCCGCUGUUCCAGGAGAAAACUCCGGGCGUUUUCGAGUGCAAGUGCGUCGUCUGCGAUCCGAUCAAGAAGCUCGAGUGGCAAGCGCGCAAGGGUCGCUUCAACGCCGAGGCCAAGCAAGCCUUGGCCACGAUCAUUCGAACAGUUCGACCGUCCCCGAAGGUAGACUUGAUCCAGCUGAAGGUGCUGGAGAAUUUCAUCGAAAGGCACGCCGCCAUCGCCCACCCGCACAAGGACUUUGGGCUGAUCCUGAGCUUGUACUGUCGUUGGAUCUACCUGCUGCUGAAAGAUGAGGAUGACGCGUUGCGGCGGGCGAAGAUCUUGGCGCGCCUCAGGGGACAAUCGACCGCUGAGGUGGAUUGA